CUCGAGUACUUGGCUGGAACCUCGUUGCAGCCAAAGCUCUUGAGCAUCAGGGGACAACAGGGCUCAAUCUGUGGCGCUUGAUGAGCCGUUUCUCCUUUAGAGAACGGAUAUGGCGAGUUUAUCGUUCUCACUCGCCCCAAAGGCGAUAUACCAGCUACAUGAUGCUCUGACGUGUCUAGCAAAAUUCGACGACAACGUAGCUUUUGAAGCUGAGAUUGAUCUGCUUCGACUAAGCGUGCUGAAUUUGACCAAGACGGCAUACUCUGCGUUUGUUUUUGAGGCAGAUAGCUUCUUUGAAACGUAUUCCUUCAGCAGAGGAAGGGGUGGCAGCUCAUCUAGGGCAGCUCGCCCAGACAAAUUCAGUUGUCAGAUGUUGAUCAAAGCUCUUCUGUCGGCUUUCAAAGGGAAAUCAAGUGGGCGUGACAAAGACACCUCUGUCGAACGCUGUGAGGUUGAACUCCAGGAAAAUCUAGAUGAAUCUGAGUGCAGACUCGUCAUCAGAUUGAUAUGUGGGCUUGGCGUCAUUAAACUUUAUAAGCUGAUGUAUGAACCCGUUCAUGUACAGCAUGCCAUAUUUGACAGGUCCAAAAUAACAAAUGAAUGGAGUAUCGAGCCAAAAUACUUGAAGGAGAUAACGGACCAUUUCGGCCCCUCAGCAGAGCAACUGGACAUCUACUCUGAACAUGGCAAGGCGGUCUUCACCAGCUUCACCAUGAAAAGCUCAGACGGCAAAGAAAUUCUUCGACAACCAAUCCACACUUCGGUCGCCAUUGAUAAAAGGGACUUUGACUACUAUUUGGCUGAAGAUCACCUUCACGUUGCCAUCCACAUGAAGGACUUUAAGGCGGCAAUAGCACAUGCAGAGACAGCAAAUACGAUGAUUACCGCCAGGUUCACACGCCCAUGCCGCCCCCUGCAAUUCGCAUACGACUUUGAGGGCAUCAGAUCCGAAUUCACAUUGAUGACCAGAGGCGAAUCAUCGGGAGACGAUGCCCCCGAUUCCUCUCGAGCAGCACCAGUCCAGCUAUCUGCACGGCAAACUCCUGCACCCGUGCAGAUAAGCCAGAGAAGUACGACUUCGGAGAUGAAACAAAUGCCUCCCCCUCGCAGUCGGUCUAUCCGACCUCUCACCGGGACCUCCACUCGAGCUUCACAGUCAAACACAGAAACUCAGCGGCCUCCACCAUCGAUCGAAUCCGACAGCCUGUUUGUACCAGCGGACGACGAUAGACAAUGGGACGUACCAAAUGAGGAGGAUGAGGGUCAAGCUGAGGACGAGCUCGGUUGGGACGCAACCGGUGAUCAGACAAGCAUCGGCCCUGGGCUACGGGAUAUUGAACCCAAAAUGGCACAGCCAACUGCUGAAGAAGAAGAUGAGAUGGGUAUCCCCCCUACUCAGCGCAUGUCACAGCUGCACGGCCUUGGUCUCUUCGACUGAAUGGCCAAACUUUCCCUGAGCACAACACCAGCACAGGAAACUCACCCUCAGGGCGAAUCCCGUCCCCGCCGGCGCAAUUACAGUCACAAUCCUUAGUCACGAGUGAUCACCCAGCUAGUUGCACAACCCGCGCCGAUGCCAACAACACUCGACACCUCUUCCGGCAGAGGAAUUGGGCUGCAUAUCCCCUUCACAUUACCCUGAGCAUCCGUGACCGGUCCACAGUUACCAUGCUCACCCCACCCACAAGCCACAACCGUCUGCUCAUCAAUUGUCGCAAGCACAUGCUCACUACCAACCGCCAAAUCCGUUACCCUCCCCAUCUCCCGCGGGGGCAGCUGCCCGCGAUCAUUUCUCCCCCAGGCGACAACCUCCCCAUCCUGACAAUGUACAUAAAUCCCA